AAUGACAGAAGGCGGCGUAAGAGCAGACUUCAGACCGGUUUAUCGGCGACGUUGAGGAGGACGCCGAGGCAGCGAGCCUCUGUAUUUGUUUAAUAAAGUAGAAAUCCGGAUUGUCACGCUAAACAAACGUGACAGUAAACUCAAUAGCCGACAAGUUACAACGCCAAAGGCAGGAGCUGGGACAUUUCAUUCAACUUUAAUCUGCCAGUUUAUGUAAGAUAGGUGCGGUGGGGAGACAAGAAGAAGACUUCAACCGAGGGGACCCUCAAGCGGCCCGGUUCGACUUCACCGAACGAAGCCGGGGAGAAGACAUCACGAGCGGGGGAGCUUGGCCAGUGUGUGUGGGGGGGGCUAGCGGAACCGCACUAAAAGUUUUAAUUUACGAGGAUUAUUGAUCACCAAGUGCCGGUUCAUCCGGACAGACACCCCCAUGAAUGGAAAUCGGAACAACAGAAGCCGUUGGAGCCCAAGCGCUGUUCACGUUGCCACGGCGACCAGGCUAUGGCACCAUUGGAAAGUCCAUCAAGCUUCUGGCCAACUGCUUCCAGGUGGAGAUCCCCAAGAUUGACGUCUACCUGUACGAGGUGGACAUCAAGCCCGAUAAAUGUCCUCGACGGGUCAACAGGGAGGUGGUGGACUCCAUGGUGCAGCAUUUUAAGGUGAACAUCUUUGGUGAGCGGCUGCCAGUUUAUGAUGGGAAGAGGAGCCUUUACACUGCAAGCCCACUUCCUGUCGCCACUGCCGGGGUUGAUCUGGAUGUCACCCUGCCAGGUGAAGGUGGGAAGGACCGGCCAUUUAAAGUCACAAUUAAAUUUGUGUCAUUGGUCAGCUGGCACAUGCUGCACGAUGUGUUGACAGGACGCGGUGCACCAGCGCCGCUGGACCUGGAUAAACCUCUGAGCACUAACCCUGUUCACGCUGUGGACGUCGUCCUUCGACAUCUGCCCUCCAUGAAGUACACCCCUGUUGGAAGAUCCUUCUUCUCCUCCCCAGAGGGCUAUGACCAUCCGCUAGGUGGAGGAAGGGAAGUUUGGUUUGGCUUCCAUCAGUCGGUACGCCCUGCCAUGUGGAAGAUGAUGCUGAAUAUUGAUGUGUCAGCCACAGCUUUCUACAAAGCCCAGCCAGUCAUUCAGUUCAUGUGUGAGGUCCUGGACAUUCACAACAUUGACGAGCAGCCGCGCCCUCUCACUGACUCCCACAGGGUCAAGUUCACCAAAGAGAUCAAAGGUCUUAAAGUGGAAGUGACGCACUGUGGAACCAUGCGUAGGAAGUACAGAGUCUGCAAUGUAACACGGCGCCCUGCCAGCCUUCAGACAUUUCCAUUGCAGCUCGAGAAUGGUCAGACAGUUGAGCGCACAGUGGCUCAGUACUUCAGAGAGAAGUACAAUCUGCAGCUGAAAUAUCCCCACCUGCCUUGUCUGCAGGUGGGACAGGAACAGAAACACACCUACCUGCCUCUAGAGGUGUGUAACAUUGUAGCUGGACAGCGCUGCAUUAAAAAGCUAACGGACAACCAGACAUCAACAAUGAUCAAAGCCACAGCCCGCUCUGCACCAGACAGACAGGAGGAGAUCAGCAGACUGGUGCGGAGUGCAAACUACGAUGCUGACCCGUUCGUCCAGGAGUUUCAGUUCCGUGUGCGAGAUGAGAUGGCUCAGGUUACGGGUCGCGUCCUGCCAGCCCCCAUGCUGCAGUAUGGUGGCAGGGUGAGCUCUGAACCCUUUAUGCCCCAGCAGAUCAACCCUACGCUGUCGUUGCAGAACCGCACGGUGGCCACACCCAGCCACGGGGUUUGGGACAUGAGGGGGAAACAGUUUCACACCGGAGUGGAGAUCAAGAUGUGGGCUAUCGCCUGCUUUGCCACCCAGAGACAGUGCAGAGAAGAGAUCCUCAAGAGCUUCACUGACCAGCUGCGGAAAAUCUCAAAGGAUGCUGGGAUGCCUAUCCAAGGCCAGCCGUGUUUCUGUAAAUACGCCCAGGGAGCUGACAGCGUGGAGCCCAUGUUCAGGCACCUGAAGAACACCUAUGCUGGACUCCAGCUCAUCAUUGUAAUCCUGCCUGGAAAAACGCCCGUCUACGCUGAGGUGAAGCGGGUGGGAGACACCCUGCUCGGCAUGGCCACCCAGUGUGUGCAGGUGAAGAACGUAGUAAAGACGUCCCCUCAGACCCUCUCUAACCUCUGCCUCAAGAUCAACGUCAAACUGGGAGGCAUCAACAACAUUCUGGUUCCACAUCAGCGACCCUCUGUGUUCCAGCAACCUAUCAUCUUCCUCGGGGCUGAUGUCACUCAUCCUCCUGCAGGAGAUGGGAAAAAGCCAUCUAUUGCAGCGGUGGUAGGCAGUAUGGAUGCCCACCCCUGCAGGUACUGUGCUACAGUACGGGUCCAGAGGCCCAGACAGGAGAUCAUCCAGGAUUUGGCCUCUAUGGUGCGAGAGCUCUUGAUUCAGUUCUACAAGUCAACCCGCUACAAGCCAACCAGGAUCAUUUUCUACAGGGACGGCGUGUCAGAGGGCCAGUUCAGACAGGUGCUUUACUAUGAGCUGCUGGCCAUCAGGGAGGCAUGCAUCAGUCUUGAGAAGGAAUACCAGCCGGGGAUAACUUAUAUCGUCGUGCAGAAACGCCAUCACACACGCCUGUUCUGCGCAGACCGCAAUGAGAGGGUUGGACGAAGUGGAAACAUUCCGGCCGGCACUACGGUGGACACAGACAUCACCCACCCCUACGAGUUUGACUUUUACCUCUGCAGUCAUGCUGGAAUCCAGGGUACCAGCCGUCCUUCUCACUACCACGUGCUGUGGGACGACAACUGUUUCACUGCAGAUGAUUUCCAGCUCCUCACCUACCAGUUGUGCCACACCUACGUCCGCUGCACACGCUCAGUGUCCAUCCCAGCACCUGCCUACUAUGCCCACCUUGUGGCCUUCCGUGCUCGCUACCACCUGGUUGACAAAGAGCAUGACAGUGCGGAGGGCAGCCACGUCUCAGGGCAGAGUAAUGGCAGGGAUCCCCAGGCUCUGGCCAAGGCUGUUCAGAUCCACCAUGACACACUGAGGACCAUGUACUUCGCCUGAACACCCCCUCCACUCGACUCCACCUACCAGUUACUCAGCCAGUCUUAGUGCCCGGCUUCCAUCGGCCACCUCUCCUCUCGAUGCCGAGCGACACCGCUCUGGUGCAGCUUUGACCGCUGAAACCAGAUGGUGGCGGCCGCGUGAUGAUGUCAGAGGAGUCCAGCUCCAUUAUGUAAUCUGAAACCAGCCAAUAGUUUGUGUGCCUCCACCCUGCAUCUCAUUCUCCUCACGAGCCGUGCCCUCACCUUCCAGAUUUUACAGAAGCUCUAAAUUGUAUUUUGCCAGCUUUAUUUUUGGAUUUACAGAACGAUGGAACAGCCAGUAAUAUAAAAACUGAUUUCAUUUUU